AUGACUGAUUCCUGGAGAAAUGAGGUCCAGUACGAGGACAAGCAUGUUCAUGAAGUAUACGACCAGAUCGCAACUCAUUUCUCCGCCACAAGAUACAAGCCGUGGCCGGUGGUCGACGAGUUUCUGCGCAGCCUCCCCGCCGGAGCCGUGGGCUUAGAUGUCGGCUGCGGCAAUGGAAAAUACCUACCCGUGAACAAGAAUGUCUUCAUUGUCGCCUCAGACAGAUCAAAAGCUCUUGUCGAGAUCGCAGGGCAACAUCAACCCCAUACUGCUAUUGUCGCAGAUACCCUGAGCCUCCCUCAUCCGCCCUCGCGGUUCGAUUUCGCCAUAUCAAUAGCCGUCAUACACCACCUCUCAUCGGUUGAUCGCAGAAUCCAGGCCAUCAGGGCGAUCCUGCAGACUUUGACUCCACCUUCCCGAGCAUCGAGCGGAGGUCAAGCGUUGAUCUUUGUGUGGGCGCUUGAGCAGAAAAAUAGUCGCAGGGGUUGGGAUCGAGGCGGUCAACAAGAUGUUCUUGUGCCGUGGGUUCUGAAGCCGGACCAUGCCUCUCAGCCGGACACUCCAGCCAGAACUUAUCAGCGGUACUACCACUUAUAUCACGAGGGCGAACUGCAAGACAACGUGAUUGCAGCUGGCGCCCGAAUAUUGAGUUCGGGCUACGAUCGGGAUAAUUGGUGGGUUGUCAUUGCUCGACGGGACUGA